GUUUGGAGGCCUUCAGUUCAAGCCUUUGACUUUAACUGCCUCAUCUGCUUGUCUCGCCGGUCACUGGGCGCAGGUCGAACAUUCAAGAAACGUUACAGGCAUUCAUAGAUUUGAGUGGAGCAUAGGAAUUCAUAAUCAGCCGCAUGGAGAGGGGAUUUUCGAUUUACCAAAAAGAGUUCCCUUGGGUUGAUAUAGGUUUGCGACAAGAAUUUGUUCACUGCCUGCCUAUUAAUAGAUCGCUUAUUCAUGGCGAGCUCUACGACAUUUACGUAAAAACUUGGUACGGACCAAGUGAAUUUGCAAUCUUUACGUCUAAAUCUAUUAAGGUUGAUCAAACGCCACCAAGUGUGCUUAGAGGACGAUAUAUCAUCGAAGGGAUGGAAAAUUGUGCAACAGAUCUUGACUUCAUCGACUGGACUGAUGAGAUUUCGGCGUGUUGGUCCGGGGUCUUUAGUGAGCAACAGAGCGAUAUACAACAUUACUUGGUUGCUUUAGGAACUUCACCGAACGUCGAUGACGUAUUUGCAUCACAGCAUAUGGGCUUGAAAACAAAAAUUUCUAUUGGUAAUCUUACUUUGGAGCAUGCUGUUAGAUACUAUUUUACUGUCACUGCCGUGAAUACUGCAUGGCUUCACACUUCGGUAUCGUCGGACGGAUUCAUUGUCGAUACGACCCCACCGUCAGAUGGCGUUGUUUUUAAUACAAUUACGCAUAAGAACGUUGCAUACCAAUCGUCUGUUACCUCUCUGGGACUUUCGUGGCAUGGAUUUCAGGACCAUUGUUCAGGAAUACAAAGUUACUAUGCUGCUGUUGUGGAAAAGCAGGAGCCACCUUAUUCUAGUACGAAUUUCACACAAGUAUACCUCAAGACGACCGUUACAUUCAAGGAUUUAGACUUGACUCCUGGCAGCGUUUACUACGGCGUUGUCAAGGCAAUUGAUGCCGCAGGACAUGAAAGUGAUCUUAUUGCAUCACCGGGGGUCAUCAUCGAUCCUUCUCCACCUAAAGGCUACAACUGUGACCAAUUUGAAGACACGGGUGUCAUUGAAUUCUUGGACGAUUCGAUGGAUAAUUGGACGAAGACAAUUUUUGCACAAUUAGACAAAUAUGCCGUAUACAGAAUUGAAGGGUCUAUUGAAAAUGCUUUUGUAGAUUCAGUUAUUCUCCAAAUCAAUCGUUUUAUUACUAGAAUCCAAACUGUUCUGAAUCAUCAACAAGUUACUGAAUUUUCAUACACGUUUGUGUCCAAUCAAAGAGUAGCCCAUAACAUUACUUUGAGUGUUGACAAUCAUAAUAAUAUCAACAACAUCUUAGGAACAAUUAUUUUACAAAAAUGUUCGUCAAUUAUUGAAAACAAAACAAAAGCUCUUCAUGUUCGGCAAAUCAGACAUGAUUCUGUAGGUGUUACAGCUAUGAUUCAGGAUAAAGAAAGUGAUCUGAAAAUGGUACAAAUUGGUGCUGGAACUACACCUGGGGGCUUUCAAAUUCAGCCAUUAAGUCCACUUCAUGUUGAUAUAAUGAGUGGGAUUAUUAAAGGCCAUCUUGUUCAUGCGAUGAAAUUAUAUACGACGGUUAUAGCUGAGAAUCAUGCAGGCCUGGUAUCUGUUUUCCAGUUAACAGAACCGAUUAUUAUUGACUACACUUCUCCGAUUAUCACCGAUGUGGAGGCUUUAGCAACGGUAGUCUAUGUAAAUGAGUCGGGUGAAAUCGCGUCGAGAGUGCAGGUUAAUGCAACCUGGAAUGUGGUAGACGAUGAGAGCGAUAUUAAACAUUGUACUUGUUGUAUUGGAAUGUUUCCAAACAAAGACAAUGUACAAGACCAGUGGUAUGCAGAUACUCUGUCAUCGUGUGAGUCGAACCUCCUGCAGCUUAACCACGGCGAUAAGGUCUACGUCAAUAUCAACUGUGUCAAUAAUGUUGAGCUCGCAACGAUAACAUCUAUAGCUUCUAGUACGGUAUAUAUGGACUUUAUUACCUCAAACCAAGCAACAGUUAACAUUUUGCCAGCAAACGAAGGUCUGAUCAGCUCAAUACCGCUUACUGUAGGCCCGACUAAAUUACAAUCAAACACAUCUAUGGUACAAAUCAGUUGGUCAGGAUUCGAAGAUAUAUCCGGUAUUGACUUUUACGAAUAUUGUAUAUCGGACGAAAGAAAUGCAACCAUUGUAGACUGGACAAAUGUUCACUUGAAGACAGUGGCAACUACUCGCGGACUAACAUUACACAAUACGGAAACAUUGAACGUAAGCGUCAGGGCUACAAACACUGGACAUUAUAGAAGUGAGGCCGUUAAUGCUUCGUUAUUCACCAUCAGCCAACCUCCAGCCUUGUCAGGAAGUCCAAUGCUUACAUCUCGAAACAAGCAUCUUAUUCACAUCGACUGGGAACAGGCAUUCGAUACACUUCCUGAAAUUCCAGUUCUGUAUAGCCUCGUUGUGGGAUCGAAAGAAGGAUUCACCGAUAUUCUUGACAUCAGCUAUUACACCGGACAUACAUAUGAUAUUGUGGCUCCGUCGUCUACGCUGAUUUCUCCGAAGAUAUCAGAGCUAUUCUUUACCAUAACAUGUGCUUAUCCAACAGGGAUUUCGAGCGUUUACAGGACAAUAUUCACAAUGUAAUAUUUUACUUGUUAGUCGCAACGCGUUGUUGUUACAAAGCUGUGUGUUUAACAUUUUAUUAUUUAGCUUAGCUUUCAAUAUAUUCAUAUAUAUACCUUACUGCUGUGUGCUUUUUAUUUUUUAUAUUAUCUUUAUUUUAUUUGUUUCCUAAUUACUUUCAUCGAAUGACAUUUAAAAUACAAUUUACAAUUCAAAUUACAUUUUAUAAUUUCUUUAUGUUAUGCCGUCCAAUAUAUGUGCUGUAUAAUUAUCUAGUAUAUAUUUUCUUUGUGGCUUAUUUUUCCAUUCUUUGACUUUCUUUAUGUUCGUGUACUUUUAUAUCAUUCCUUCUAAGGUAUUUGUUUUGUGGGUAUCUCUAUGCUUGCGUAUAUAUGCCUUGUGCCAUUUUUUCCAAUCAGUGAUUUACUUUUGAUUUGUUGUUGUCUGUUUUUACACUACGUUGAGACGAGUUUUAUUGAUGCACUUCCUUUUAUUUUCUAAUAAAAAUCAUUGUGUG